AUGGACCCCGAAACUCCCCCUGCCGAACCCGCCCCCUCCGCAUUCAACUACAUCCUCUCCUUCAUCCUCGUCGGCAUCGCCUGGGGCUUUACGACGCCAUUCAUACGCCGCGCAGCCGUGGAUUUCAAUAAGAGACAAGAAGACUCAAGACGGGCUCCCGCCAUUGAUAAUGACUCUAUCUCGGCGCAACAGCAACAGCAACAAAGACGCGGAGGAGGAAGAUUCGCGCUCAAACAGAAAAUAAAGACGUUAUUCUGGACGGUUGUCAAUCUGCUACGAACACCGGCCUAUGCGAUUCCGCUCGUGGUGAAUUUGACUGGCAGCGUAUGGUUUUUCUUGUUGGUUGGAAAACACGAGCUCUCUCUCACCGUCCCAAUCUCGAAUUCCAUGGCGUUCCUAUUCACAGUUCUGGGAGAAUGGUACGUGGAAAGAAAGGGGAUUGCCAGGGAAACGUGGCUCGCGCCUUGA